CUGUGUUUGCAUAACAAACGUGUUAUUCUUCAUCGACAGUGCAUGCGUAUUGCCCGUCACGAAACAAAAUACAAUGUCUUUUUUUCCCCACGUUCUUCCUUUAAAAAAAAAAACAAUAACUUGAACCACUAAAAAAAAACCCCAAUCCUUGGGGGUGGAGGGGAGAAAUAUUUUGGCCGAAUCCCAGUUUGCACUGUCCGUAGGCAACCCGGGUGCUCUGGACGCUUCCCGCGGAAGGAAUGGACUGUAUCUGACACUUGCGAAGGUGCGCCCCUGAGAGCCUCGCCUUGACUCGAGAGGACUAAAGGCAGCAGCCAGACCCGUCUUGAAUGCCGAAAGCAGAGGAUCCGAGCCGCUGGGAUAGGAGAUGAGGUAUGUGAGGAGCAGAAGUGUGAGGAGGAGGUUUUUCCCUUGGCCAUGAGUUACGUGGACCGCUACUUGUCUCUGGUGCCCAUGCCCAGAAAUCAUUUACAACUUCUGGGAACGGUCUGUAUGCUGCUGGCUUCCAAACUGCGAGAGAUGGUGCCUUUAACGGUGGAGAAGCUCUGCAUUUACACAGACAAUUCCAUCGCGCCACAGCAAGUUUUGGACUGGGAGCGUUUAGUUGUAGAGAAAUUAAAUUGGGACCUGGCGUCUGUGAUUCCAAAUGAUUUCCUCGACCUCGUUCUCCACCAGCUUCCGCUACCUCAACAGAAGGUGGACCCCGUCAAGAAGCAUGCACAGACUUUCAUUGCCUUGUGCGCCACAGAUCAUACAUUUGCUCUGUAUCUGCCAUCCAUGAUUGCAGCGGGCAGUAUCGCUGUGGCAGCCCUUGCCCUCUUGGCACCCUCAGACUUUCUUUCUGGCGAAGUGCUCUUGGAAAUGCUUGCUGGCAUUACCGGCACAGACGUGGGUUGCCUGAAAGUUUGUCAGGAGAGCAUUGAGGCUGCCGCUGUGGCAAAGAACCUGAAACAUCCACGCUGCUCUCAGCAAGAACCUGGUCCUUCUUCUGAGGCAACCAGGAAAUCAGUGUGACCGCCGCAGCCUCAGAUGGUCGUACAUUGCAGACGAAAGUCAAAAACAUGGAAACUGACUAAAAUUAUUCUUCGUCAACCUCAGCAUCCUUCUGAAUGCUCAAAAGACAACUCCCAUGAUCCACAGGAACCAUGGUGAUCAUGGAUGAUGGGGUAUAUAAACAGUUUCAGAGGGUCCUGUCUUGGGGAAGGCUGCUAAAUAUUUCCCGCCCCCAAGAAAGUACCCUUCCACCAUAAUGUGGAACAUUGUUAGUGACAUACACUGCAAUUCAGAUUUUAAGUGCUGUUCUACAGAUGAGCGUUAUCUCAUUAAUUCCCUCUAAUCCAGAACUACAUUAUUUUAUUGUAACCCCUUUGCUGUAAAUUUAAAACAUUUCACUUUUAUUUUUGUCUUAAGAAGUCAAAAAUACUUUCUAAGAGGACAAAAGUAACAUUAAACUGGAGGUGGGUGGAGAACCGUGAUUAAAUAUCUGCUAUAAAGUCUCAGAUACUGAAAUCAACUAUGGGUAUCAAAGGUUUCACUGGUAUAAAUCAAAUUUCAUAGAAUGUAUUAUCUGGAAGCAAAAUUAAUGUUGGUGUUAAGCACAAAUGUAGAGUUAAAAUAAA